AUGGCUACAAAGCUGUCCCCGGAGAUAAUAAUCCAGAUCUUGAAGAACUUCGAAACCGUCGAAGAAGUUGUGGUCUGCGCGUCAGCAUGCAGGCAGUUCCAUGGAGUGUGGUUGUGCCAUGCUCCCCAGAUAAUAUGGACUAUUGGGCAGAGGCAGAUCCUGGCCUUCGAUGAUGCUUUGAUGGCAGUUCGAGCGACAGAAAUCGUGCUCGAAAGCUUCCAGAAAGAAGAAUUACCCCCAGACCCGUUCCCCCUUUCCACCUUGAGUGGUGGCGUUCGCAAGCCGUCGCUCAAAGAGUUCCAGCAGGUGCGCAACUUUGAGCAUCUGGCUAAGUGUGCCGAGCAGAUCUAUCAGGAAGGCGAGGAAGACUUGAAGAAUGAAAUACAACGUGACCAGCCAGACGGCACCGCACUGUGGGUUCUCUGGAGAGAGCGAUUCCACAGUUCCAUCUACCGAGUCCUCCUGGCAGGCGCCGUACUCUAUCGCGCAUACCAGGAACCGAUGUACUUGGCUGCGAAUUGGGGACUACCGAACUUUCUGAAAAAGUACGUCGAGGCAUUGGCAUCUGAUGACAUGUCGAGCGAGCCAGUGGGUGGAGACGAGCUCGAUUAUCUCAUGAUAUUUUACUCCUACAAUCUUGGAGAGAGCGGAAACGUUCAUGGCGGCUUCAAGACUCUGGCAGAGUUUCUUGUUCAGCAAGGCAAGAAGCGUGCACAACGGCAAAAGCUUCACGCGCACACCACAGCGAUCCUUCCCAAUUUCGCAGCGCCUCAAGGCCUUAGUGACUCAGAGGCGGCUGUUCUGUUCAUCGAAUUGUGUCAGCUGCUUUUUGCCGUGGAGGCUUUAGUUGGCAUUCAGGACAGGCAACCGAUCAUCGUCAAUGGGAACGGCUCCGAAGAACAUGGAAGGACUAGACUCGCACCGGAUCUUCUUUACAAGCCCGCCAGGACGAUUCCAGUUGUACUAUUCGGGACCUUUUUCCCGGAGUACAUCUCAACUCCAGCAGCGGCCGCCGAUGCAGUGGACUCUCAUCUCGUCGCUACUCCUGUCUCUCGUCCGUCACAGACAAGAUCAGGGGUUGGGUUUCAGCAUAUCUACCAGUUCCUGUAUGAUCUGCACCGAAUGGCGGGUCGUGACAAUGAAUUCUCCUCUCUAAACCCUGCGCCGUAUCCUCACUAUCAAUUCUUUGAGUACAUGUUUAGAGAAUACCUCGGUCUCCGGUUCGUUGAUAGUGAUUUCGACUGUCAUUCCGACGAGUUCAUUGAAGAUGGCUUCAUCUUCGCAGAACGAGAUAAUCUUCUCGCUGCCGCUGAGUAUGCUGAGACAAGCGAUACGACAGCCCUAGCUGCAUUAUUUGAGCCAGUAGCUUCAACUACUGGAAAGACUUGA